AUGGCUGCGUAUCUUGGAAGACGUGCGCCGGAAGAUGGCCUUCAUGUGGCUCAACCUGGUCUUGAAGUUCUACAGCCUGGGCUCGAGACACACAUGAAGACCGCCUCUUCUUCGACCACUUGGCAUGAUGAAAAGACUGGACGAGUCGAUGAUGUGAAGCAAUGGAACGAUAUCGAAAAGUCAAAGCGCCUUUUCGGACUCAGAAUCUCGACAAUAUGUCUGCUGCUUGCGCUUCUUGGGGCCAUCAUCGCCGCGAUUCUUGCGGGCAUACUGGCCUCCAAGACACACUGCAAAGCUGCAACAACUAGCAGCAACGCUCCGACUAUAACGACGACUAUAACAGCAUCUGGCUCGCCAACUGGAUCUGCUGUCGUCUCAGAAUGCUCAUCACAAGCUGGACAAGACUGGAUCAGCCCACUCUCCCACCUGAAGUACACUCGCACCUGCAACACGUUCCUCAACUCCUCCCUCGAAGAUUAUCAGAAUCUAUUCACCGCUUACCAAUCGUCUCUCGACACCUGCGUCGCCAUGUGCGACUCCUACAAUUACUGGACCAACUCGACGAACGUGACGGUCGCCGUCUGGAACUGGAAAGGAAAGACAGAUCAAACGCCAGGGAUCUGUUGGUGCGUUCACGUUGAAGGAGACUACACCAUGUCGAAGAUCGAUGGCCAGGACAGCGCAUUGCGAGUUGGGACUUUCGAUAGUGACGCGAUACCGUCUUGA